AUCCGCCUGAGGAAGCUGGUUGACGAGCGGGAGAACUUGAUAGGACAGGUGAGGAAGGACAUCCAUCCAUAGUAUGUCUGGGUCACCUAUUACGUUAGCUGAACUCCCCAACUGAAUUGUCUACGUUUGUGUUGCUGCUAUUUCUUGUUGUUUUUAUACGGCUGCACUGAGCUGCAGCUAAAUUGUGUAGAGAUUAACUGACGUUAAAUCAUGCUGGGUUGAAAUGAUAAGCCGAUAAACCGAGGUGGCAUGGGUGGCUGGACUAAAUUGUGAAGUCACUGUACAAUGUGAAGUCACGCACUUACAUACAGACAGAUGUUUUAACUAUGUUCUGAAUGUGGUCCUCCCUAUAGGUGAAGAAACUGAAGGCCCAAGUAGAGCAGAAGAAACCGAGGAACGGGACUGAGGGGGACCCCAGCCCCGAGGGCGAGGUACUGGAGAACGGCACAGACCCGCACAUACAAGACCUGCAGAGUAAGAUCCACAGCUCAAUGCAGGCUUUUUGGUUCCUUGGCAUCUGACACACACCUGAAAUAUUAUAACAUUGUGUUGUGACCUAUGAAAUUAAUUACUAAAGACACAAAUUAAUAUGUUAGUCCUAACAAUGUUAUUUCAAUAGGAUUCAAAUUCAGUAUCUACUGCAUUGGCACAUCAGACCUUGUUUUCUUUUUUCCCACAUUUGCAGGAGAUGCCAGCAGGCAACUUAGUGACCUAAAGUUCAAACUUGUCAAAUCGGAGCAGGAUGUGACAGCUUUGGAACAGAAUGUAAGCGUACUGUCAUUAACCAGGUUGAUUGGAAAGAGAUAAUUAUCACAGAUCCAAUUACUGUUAAUUUGACUCGUUAUUGGCUGAGAUUCUCAUGUACUCUAUCCAAUCACCAAUCUGCAGGUUACCAGGCUCGGGGUUCAGGUGACCCGCUACAAGAGUGUGUCAGAGAACGCUGAGAAAGUGGAGGACGAGUUGAAGGCUGAGAAACGCAAGCUGCAGAGAGAGGUAUGGCCCCCAGCUGUCAGUCAUGUGGCUUGAAUCAAGCUCCUAUGCAGAGACCAGAUGUCAGGGGCCUGCAAUCUUUAGAACAUUGCUUCUGAUGAUAGAGUUUAAAUGUAUAGAAUUACAUGUGGAAGAGAAUAGAAUGGAAUAGUUUCUCCCUCAUUUCCCGGAAUUGUGCACUAAUAGACUUCCCUGUAUGGAUUUAAAAGGAAUGGACUAAUGCUUUGAAAUCUUAGGGGUAGUGAACAAGUGCACACUUUUGGGAGAAGGGGGAGUAGGGGAUUGGGCAAUAAUGUACACAAUUUCUUGUAUUUUGUAAUACAAAAACAUUGGAACAGUAAGUUACUAAUUCAUUGUUGAUCUUGAAUUAGAGCGUCUCUGAUUAAAGUUGAAUGAUUGAUCUUUGUUCUUUCUGUUCCUUCCUUGAUGGCAGUUGCGGUCAGCGCUGGACAAGAUAGAUGAACUUGAGUCGAACAACAGCCACCUCUCCAAACGGUUGGACAAGAUUAAGGCCAAUCGCUCCACGGCAACGACUCCC